UAAUUUUUAUUUUCAAUUAAUUUUUCAGUUGGCUCGAAUGCGUACAAGAACUGAAGCUGAGUGACGCAGCGGCGUAUGCAUUCACUCAAAAAUAUUUUUCGGAUGACAGUGAAAAAAAAGUACGAAGUAUGACGGACGAAAUUCGUGAAAGUAUGGAAAAAAUGAUAGACAAGACAAAUUUGCUGGACAGUAUGAACAAAGAAGAGAUGAAAGCAAAAUUGAAAAAGUUGAAAAUUUUCGUUGGAUUUCCACAGUGGUACAAAAAUCAGACGCACGUUAUAAAUUUAUUCAAAGGCCUCAAUAUUGGGGAUUAUUACUCGGACAAUGUACUCAGCUACCGAAAAUUUUCAUUAAAAGUGGGAUUAAUGAACAUGUUCAACUCUAAAAACAAAUACGAUGGAUGGGAUUUGGAUCCAAUUACUAUCAAUGCGCGCUACCAAAAUAAUAUGAUAAGUCGGUUUAUUCGAACGAUAAUAAUUAUUUUCAACAAUAAAUGUUUUAAAUUAAUUAAUGCAUAAUUACAGAUAUGC